CGUCGAUCGACUGCAAAACAAGAGCACGGCAUACGAGAAAGAACGGCCAAAGCAAUCACAGUGCGAGACUAAAAGAAUGUCCACGGUCGUAUUAUCCCCAGCCAGUGCUACCAGUCGGAUGGUCCCUCCGAACUUUCGAAACGAAACCGAAACCGCCAUGCCGUCGCUCAUCGACAACGUGACGAACGACGACGACGAAUCGGAAUUGGAAGCCGGGGCUGAUCCCCAACCCGGGAAGAAAGAGGAUGAGGCGGAAACCCUGGGUGAACGGGCAUCCAAAGACGGAACCAAAGCCGAUGAAGAUCCCGACGCCGAAAAAAGCGGUUGCUUCGCAUCCUUUUUGACAAAAUUCUGCGCCUUUUACUGGCAGAACGAGUUUCUCAUCCUCAUCGUAUGCGCCAUACUGCUGGCCAGGGCAUAUCCACCCCUGGGCGCUACGUAUUUGGCACCCCAGUACACGGCGACGUGGAUUGCGGUAAUGUUCAUCUUCCUGCUGGCUGGCCUCGGACUCAAGACGGAAGAGUUUGCCAAGGCCUUUCAGAGAAUCUAUUUCAAUACCUAUGUGAUGCUCUUUAGCUUCGGCGUCGAUUCGUCCAUCGUCUUUGGGAUCAGCCGGUUGGUGGCGCACUACAACAUCAUCAACCAGGGGCUUGCCGACGGCAUGGUUAUUGCCGCCUGUCUGCCCCUAACGAUCAACAUGUGCGUCGUCCUGACCAAGGCCUCGGGGGGAGACGAGGCCUCGUCGAUUUUCAACUCGGCCUUUGGCAACCUGGUGGGAGUCUUUCUGAGCCCGGCACUCAUUUUGGGAUACAUCGGUGUCAGCGGCGAAGUGAAGGUGCUGAACGUCUUUUUCAAGCUCGCGAUCCGCGUCCUUCUACCGAUCAUCGUCGGACAGCUCCUCAAGUAUUUCUGUCCCCCGGUGAACGAUUUCGUCAAAACCUACAAGCCCAAAUUCAAAAAGCUCCAGAUGUAUUCGCUCGUCUUUAUCGUCUACUGCGUCUUUUGCAAGACCUUUGGCAGCGACGAGGCCUCCAUCCCGAUCGGAGAUAUCUUCUUGAUGAUUCUAUUCAUCGGUAUUUCCCUCACCAUUCUCAUGCUGCUGGCGUGGUAUUCCCUCCGCUUGUUCUUCCGGGAGAAACCAAAGCUGCGGAUCAUGGGACUGUACGGAUGCACCCACAAGACGGUCGCCAUGGGCGUACCGCUUAUCAACGCCAUCUACGAGGGGGAUCCGAACAUUGCCAUGUACACGCUGCCGCUCUUGAUUUGGCACCCGAUGCAGCUCAUCGUAGGCACUUUCUUGUCGCCCCGGUUGCUCGCGUGGGUGGAAUCCUACCCCGUCGCCGGCGACAAGGCCGGAUCCGGUGACGACUCGAACGAGAGCGGGGAAACCUUUGCCGAGAAAAAAGUGGUGGUGGGAGUCGCCUCCGCCGAUGGAGACGACGACGUGGUAGACGACGCGGUGGGCGAUGCCAACAGCAUCAAGUCCGGCAAAAGCAUAGAAAUGGACGUUUGAAUCGAUUUCGGGAAAGCCGGCUUGAGUUGUGUCGAGUAUAGCUAGGUUGCUGCGUGAUACAACUCCUCAACGAAAGCGAGCCAAGCUAAAGCCUUCGUCGUGGGAAUCGCUGGUGGGCGAUCGAGCUCGUGCUGUAAUGAAAAAGAUGUGUACAA